AUGCGUAAACGCAAGCCCCGGUCUCGUGUCUUGAGAGCCGGUAAUGAUAAAUCACCCAAAGAAAAAGCUGACAAUGACAAAACGCUCAAGGAAAAGACCGGAAAUGACAAAGCCCUCAAGGGAAAGGCUGGCACCAAGGAAAAAACUGGCAAUGACAAAACUCCAAAGGCAAAAUCUGUCAAUGACAAAGCGCCCACGGUAAAAGCUGGGAGUGACAAAGCGCCCAAAGGAAAAGCGGGUAAUGACAAAGUACCUAAGGAAAAAGCCGCAAAUGAAAAAUUACCCAAGGAAAAAGCUGCUAAUACUAAGCAAGUUCAAUCCCUGAAAGAAAACACUGGCAAGCAAGCUGCAAAGGCCGAGGCAAAACGCCGUGCUCCGCACAAACGUAAUCCCAAAGCACGCCGGCCGGUGGCGAGUCGGCGACUGAUCUCCGCGCGCGACGCCGAGCCAGAGGACUACCCUUACAUGGUGUCGAUCCAGAAAGACAACGAGCACUGGUGCUCCGGCGCUAUCCUCAACCCGCAACUCAUUAUAUCUACCGCCAACUGCUUUUGGAAGUCAAAAGCUGUAAGUCGGAUGAAAAUCCGCGCUGGCAGCCACAGCAUCGACACAGGAGGACAGAUAGCGUACAUCGCCGAGGUGCGGAAACACCCCAACUGGAGCAUUCGCAAGGUGCCUAAUAACGAUAUUGCGCUCGCGUUACUGGACAGGCAACUCAGGUUCUCAGACGCUGUUCACGCGGUGGAUCUGCCCAACAAAGCGAUGAUACCACCUUUCGAAGACGUUUGGGUCACCAGCUAUGGCGCUGAAAGGCGCGACGGGGUGUUCAGCCGGCUGCGGCUGACGCUGCAGGCAUUGCACAUGCGUAUGAUGCCAGAGGCCAAGUGCGCGGCGAUCACCAAACGGUUCGGCGUUCCGCUCCACGAUAGCUUCUUCUGCCUUGAGCAGAUCGGACGCCGCGCGCCCUGCACCCGAGACACCGGCGCACCAGCGGUGAGCGACGGCGUCAUCUGGGGCCUAGCGUCCUGGGGAAUCCGGAAGUUAUGCGGCACGCAGCGUUUCCCCGCAAUGUUCUCGUAUGUGGCCGAUGCGACGAACAUAGACUUCAUCGUGAACGCCACCUCGGAGAUGAUGGGCGAGGAGCGCAAGAGCCCGUUCCUGGACCGACCGCCCAUCCGCCCGCGCCAGCGCAUCCGGCUGCCCGGCGAGAAGGUCCCAGAAUAA